GCACUACACCUGGGCAUAACGCGACUGGAAAAUGAUGAGCAAACCACCGAGUAGUGCCAUUCGUUCUGUCUGUGGCAACUAUUCUCCAUUCUUUAGGUGGUGGUGGUGGUAUGUUGCAGAAAUGCCUUUUCCACAUUCUAUGUUGGCAUGGAUGCGCUGGAUAUCGAGAAGUCUUCUCCCGUGGCUUAUCCCAUCGCCGAGACACGUGUCGCUGUUCCCAGUGGUUCAAUUGCCGGCCGGAUGGUGUGUAAGAAAGAGGAGAGCAGCAGACGUAGCAGUCUCCGUCGCCUUCAAUCCUUCUGGCAAUUUCGACAUCUCUGCCUUCGAGAAUGACCAAGAUCCUUCAGAUAAAGUGGAACCUCCGAUGCCUCCGACGACGGGACGGUACGAAGUAGUGAUCGACAACGACUCAAUUGGGAGGCUUGACCUAUCCCCGUUUCAGAGAGCCACCGGCAUAACCUCACCUUCCUCUGCUGAACCAAAACGGUAUUUGGAUCGAACAAUCGGAUUCACCAUCAACUACAGGAGAGAAGACCCAGGGGAUCCGCGGGAGCUGUCAGAGUACCCAGACAUAAGACUGUGGUUCGUGAGGCUGGACGCGAUGUACCCAUGGCUGCCUCUGCUGCUGGACUGGCGAGCUGGAGAGCUUGCUCGAUAUGCGGCCAUGUUAGUGCCGCACCAGAUGAGCUUGAGAAUGGGUGUCGUUUUCAAUCCGGAGGCGUUGGAGCUUUUCGUGAUGAACAAAGUGUUUGUGGUUUAUCCGUGGCUGAAACGGCACGGCGUCCCUAAGCCCAGGUUGAAGACGAGCGACAUGGCCAGGAUGCUCGGCUUCGGUAUCGGCGAUGAACUCUUCGACUUGAUCGAUCAUCAAUAAAUGAAUUGUGUUCUUCAAUCAGAGCCCUGAUUACAUAAGUGGGCCUAAUUAUGGGCUUCUAAUGAAAAAGGCCUGAAGAUAGUGUAGUAGUAAAAAGAGACUUUUUUU